AUGGAUUUCAUCAUAAAAUUCGCACAGGCCCACGAAACAUUCCGUGUGGCAGAAAUUCAAGCACUUGCAGUAAUAGAAGGCAUCGAACUUGAAAUUCUGGAGUACAAUAACGAGUCUCCAUUGUGUCUUGUAAAGCUGCGCACUGAGAAGGAUGCCGAGAAACUCAUCAGAAGGUCCAUACUCGCUCAGUCUGUUCAUGAGCUCUGGGGCAUGGGGCAGACACUUGAUCUCCUACACCAGUCCGUAAAAAACCAAACUAGCAAACGAUGGAGGGACUACAAAACAACGUCAUUCAAGUUCACCAUCGAUUCGUAUCAGGGAGCACAUUCGAACCAAGAGAGGCUAUCCAUCAUCAACACGUUUGACUACCUACCGUUUGAGGGACCGAUUCGCAUGUCACAACCUGAAGAAACAUUCACAGUGUUUGAGCUCUGGCCGUUCAAUAGCGUUCCACUCGGAAUAGAGACACCAGAUAUGCUGUAUCUAGGCCGCCUCGUUGGCAAGUCGUCUCGAGAAACCGUUCUCAAGUUCGACCUCAAGAAGCGAGGAUAUAUUUCAACGACGAGCAUGGACUCUGAGCUUGCACUGAUAACUGCAAAUAUUGCUCUCGCAGGCCCCGGAAAACUUUUCUACGACCCGUUUGUUGGCACGGGUUCAUUUCCAAUCGCAUGUGCUUGCUUUGGUGCGAUGGGAUGGGGAAGUGAUAUAGACGGCAGGAGCAUUCGUGGCGAAGGGGGGGCCAAAAGCUUGCGAGGCAAUUUCAAGCAAUACAAACUUGAUUCACAGUUGGGCGAUGUUUUCGCGGCUGACUUGACAAAUACACCAAUCAAGACAGACCGAAGAAUAUGGGAUGGAAUAGUCUGUGAUCCGCCGUACGGCGUCCGGGAGGGAUUGAGAGUACUUGGUCUUAGGGAUCCCCAAAAGUCACCAUGGCUCAUCGAACAGGGUAAAAAGGAUGCUGCUUCCCCUGAUUUUGUUCCACCAAAGAAGCCAUAUAGCUUCCUGGCCAUGCUUGACGACAUUCUUGCCUUCGCAGCGGCUACACUGGUAGAUAGAGGUAGGCUAUCGUUUUGGAUGCCUACAGCAAACGAUGAGGAUCAGGAGAUACCAGUGCCGACUCAUCCGUCGCUUGAACUGGUCGUAAUUUGCGUCCAGAAGUUUAACAAAUGGUCGAGAAGACUCAUAACCUAUAGUCGACUUCCGGACGAAAUGGUUUCUGCGGAAGCUCUCACGAAAUAUGAAAACCGAGUCGUGCGUAGAACUACUGGUACGACCGUUGAUGAUCUUAACCCGUUUCGGCGCGGGUACUUCAAGAAAUUUGACCUCGAGAGACAGCAAAAUUAG